AUGGAUCUAGAUGGUUUAACUUAUUAUUAUGACAUAGACAGAUCAAAAAUCUCUCGGAAUUUCAAUUCUUCGCGACUUUCGUUCUACUAUACCAUGGUCUCUCUAGUACUAUUCACACUCUUUAUUUAUCUCUUUCGCCUUCCGACAGCCACGGCGGGAAGAUAUUCUCCAACAGGCACGACGAGACAAUAUUUUAGGACAGGCACGACGCCACAAUAUUAUAUCGAUCCCUCAUGUCUCACCGCCGAGUGGACAGGUAUCGAAGCGGCUGUCGAGGAGGUAAUAAUAAUGGCACAGCGAAUCUGGUCUCGUAUGCAAGGCUUGAAGGAUUAUAAAGAUCAUGGGAGUGCAAGGGGUAAGAAAGAUAUAGAUAUGCCAAUUAUUCUGCAACAACUUUUCAAGAUUGAUGGCCCGGACCAUAGCAACUUCACGGAUGUGUUAGACACAAUGCGCCGUCUAGGAGAGAUGACACGUCUUAAAGAGACCCCGAUGCGAGGACAAUUAGCAACGCGCAUCUUCUGUGACAACGAUAGACGCUGGAAAAAGCUCCCUGAUGAACCGAGAACCUGGCGGCGACCGAUACCAAAAAAAUCAUGGAAAGAUACGACAGAACAGUUCACCUUCAUGACAGAAGAUGGUAUUCUUAAUUCCCACUUCACCGAAAAUGAACCACCGGUUUGUAGAUCUAGCAACCUGCUGUGGAGACGUCCGCUCGCCGCCACUUAUAUUGAUGAUGCUAAAAUGUUUAGCGCCAUGACCAUCUGCGAUCUUUGUCAAGACAUGGAGCCCAAGACGAUGUACGAUCUUACGGAGAAUUACCCUAUCGACUUCCCACUUUCGCAUUGGAAGAGUCCGGAUCCGGAUAGUGUUUUAAGUCUUGUAAUAUUCUAUCAGUGGAUGCAUACAAUAGUGUCAAUCAAAGGGCCACCGGAGGACUUUGCACCAGUCUAUUCAUGGCACGUGUGUACGAAAUUAAAAACUGAAUUUGCGCUAUGGAAUGUACAAAGUUAUGCGUACCUUGCCAUGCUUGUCAUGUUAGGGGAUUGGGGGAUAAGGCUUCGUCCUUACAAUCCAUUUCUUACAAAAUAUCGUAAGGGAGAUGGGCAUUUGAUUACAAGCCUGGAUCAUUAUUACCAGGGGGCCCCUUGGCCACCACCACCACCCGCAUAUGAAGAAGGAAGGUCACUAUGA